CCCGGCCGGCGUCCCAAGAUGGCGGCGACGGCGGCGCCCGGAAGGCCGCGGCGGCGUCCCGGCUGCUAAGGCGGGCCCCACGCGGCUGGCAGCGGACAGGCCGGACCUAGGGCCGGAGGACGGGCGGCAGCCGCCUCUGCGCGGACCAGGGCUGGGCCGUGCGGCGGCAACGGCGCCAGGGGAUGCUUUUGCUGGGCCUGGCCUCUCCCUUCUCAACUUAGGGCGGCGGCGGGCCCGCGCCCCCGGCUCCCGGGCCAUGGCGCUGAGGGAGCUCAAAGUGUGUCUGCUCGGGGAUACAGGUGUAGGUAAAUCAAGUAUCGUGUGGCGGUUUGUGGAAGACAGUUUUGAUCCAAACAUCAACCCAACAAUAGGGGCAUCUUUUAUGACCAAGACUGUCCAGUACCAAAAUGAGCUACAUAAAUUCCUAAUCUGGGAUACAGCUGGACAAGAACGAUUUCGUGCCUUAGCACCAAUGUACUAUCGAGGGUCGGCUGCAGCUAUAAUCGUUUAUGAUAUCACAAAAGAAGAGACAUUUUCAACAUUAAAGAAUUGGGUGAAAGAGCUUCGACAGCAUGGCCCACCUAAUAUUGUAGUUGCCAUUGCAGGAAAUAAAUGUGAUCUUAUCGAUGUAAGAGAAGUCAUGGAGAGAGAUGCAAAGGACUACGCCGACUCUAUUCAUGCAAUUUUUGUAGAGACCAGCGCAAAAAACGCGAUAAACAUAAAUGAACUCUUUAUAGAAAUUAGUCGAAGAAUUCCAUCCACUGACGCCAACCCGCCAUCUGGCGGUAAGGGCUUCAAACUCCGAAGACAGCCUUCAGAGCCAAAGCGGAGCUGCUGCUGACCGAACCUCAGCCUCUCAGACUUGAUGAUGAAGUAGGUGGUCCUGAAAGUUAACAGGAGGGCUGGGGUCCCUGCCACCAGUUUUCACCUAGCUGGUCUUGAGUCUUCUCCGUGCAAAAAAGGAUUCACAGAAAUUGACCAGUUCUGUUCCCCAAAGACUGCAGCAAUGAUAUUUCAGUCUGUGAACUUCUAUUAUGUAAAGAAUCUCUAGUGUACAAAGGGACUACAUUGUUGGCUUUUGACCUUGCUGAAAAGGAACAUAUAAUUGUAUGGUUGGUAGGAUUAAGUUGUUGAGUAGUUUUGUAAUCAAGAUUUUAUGUAACAUUUGUAAAGGGAAAAUUAGCACUUUCGUGUUUCUUAAGGGAAAAGAAAAAGAGCUUGUGGAGAUUAUAAUUUCCUUGGUUUCUGUUACCACUGUUAGAGGGAGUUGUAUUAUUUAACAUAUAGUAGGAUAGUUUAAGUGGAGGGAGGACAAUUAUUAUCUGAAGCUAAAAUGGGUUAUUUAUAGGACUGAUGGAAAUGAUUUCAUCUCUGCCAUCUCUAAAGCACUUUUCAUUGAACAUGUUAGCCUAGGAUACGUACAGUAAAUUAACAAUGAUAGCAGCAGAUGCCUAGCUCACCCUGGGUUUGCUUCUGACCUUGUCAUGUGUGUGCCACCAAACACGUUAUUGGCACCUUUUUAAAUAAGCUCUCAUGAUCAAGAUGGUGAUGGUAGAGAAGCUGCCCGGAAUAAAUUGAAUUUCAUAUGUUCUAAACUGACUAGCAAUGGUUUAAAAAGGAAGAAGAGCGGAAGUGAAGAAGGUGGUGUAAAUGCUGUCAAUUUUUUUUUAACCCAAGUAUUUUGGUGGGGAAAAGCAAGUAUCUGUUGCUUAGCAUAUGUAAAGUUGUAGUCUAUAUUUAUGAGGCCAUUGCUUAAAGAUUAUAAAUUAUGUAAAUACAUUGAUAAAUUCUAAGUUUCAUUUGACAUUCCAUUGAAUCUCGCACCCAGUCUCGCGUAUGCCUGCCCAGUUUUCAGCCUCUUAACGGGAGACUCAAGCACAUUGGUGUUGUAUAAAGGUAUAGAGCACAUAGCACUUGGAAGGUUUCUCUGCCUUCCCUUCUUCCCACCCGCCUCCCGCCGGAUCCCAUCUGGAAAUCAUAAUAAAGACAUAUGCCACUUUGA